AUGGUCGCGUUGAGAGUCGCCCGGGUGAUACGAAGCACUGCUACAUGUGGUUGGAGAGCACGGUCUAGCCAAGCUACUGCAGCAUCAUCAAGAAUCAAACCUGCAGCUGGAUUUAGUUUUGAACUGACUGAAGAACAGAAAGAAUUUCAGGCUACAGCUCGUAAAUUUGCUAGAGAGGAAAUCGUCCCUGUUGCUGCUCAUUAUGACAGAACUGGAGAGUAUCCUGUUCCCCUCAUAAAAAGGGCAUGGGAGCUUGGUUUAAUAAAUUCACAUAUACCAGAGAGUUGUGGUGGUCUUGGCCUUGGCAUCUUUGAUGCCUGCCUUAUUACUGAAGAAUUGGCUUAUGGGUGCACAGGGGUUCAAACUGCUAUUGAAGCAAAUUCCUUGGGUCAAAUGCCAGUCAUCAUUGCAGGAAAUGAGCAGCAGCAGAAGAAAUAUCUGGGGAGAAUGACUGAGGAACCCAUUAUGUGUGCCUACUGUGUAACUGAACCUGGAGCAGGCUCUGAUGUAGCAGGUUUGAAAACAAAAGCUGAAAAGAAGGGAGAUGAAUAUAUAAUUAACGGGCAAAAAAUGUGGAUCACCAAUGGUGGCAAGGCUAACUGGUAUUUUUUAUUAGCUCGUACCCUUCUUGAUCCUAAAGCUCCUACAAGCAAGGCUUUUACUGGAUUUAUUGUGGAAGCAGAUAGCCCAGGAGUACAAAUUGGAAGAAAGGAGCUUAAUAUGGGUCAACGGUGCUCAGAUACAAGAGGGAUUGUUUUUGAGGACGUGAGAGUGCCUAAAGAGAAUGUACUAAUUAGUGAAGGAGCUGGCUUUAAAAUUGCCAUGGGAGCAUUUGAUAAAACUAGGCCUCCAGUAGCAGCUGGCGCUGUAGGUCUAGCACAGAGAGCUUUGGAGGAAGCUACAAAAUACGCUAUGGAAAGAAAAACCUUUGGGAAGGUACUCGCAGAGCACCAAGUAGUGUCCUUCAUGUUGGCUGAAAUGGCAAUGAAAGUGGAACUUGCUCGCCUGGCUUACCAAAGGGCUGCAUGGGAGGUAGAUGCUGGUCGCAGAAAUACUUAUUAUGCAUCUAUAGCAAAGGGAUAUGCUGGAGACAUUGCAAAUCAAGUAGCUUCUGAUGCUGUCCAGAUCUUCGGAGGAAAUGGAUACAACAGUGAAUAUCCAGUAGAAAAGCUAAUGAGAGAUGCCAAAAUAUAUCAAAUAUAUGAAGGAACUGCUCAGAUUCAAAGGCUGAUUAUAGCUCGUGAACACCUUCUCAAGUUUAAGGCCUGAGAGAAGACUGAAAUGGUGUCGACAUCACUAAAACAACAAAGGGCUUUGGUUCCUGGCAUGCAUUAAUCCAAAUCCACAAGUGAUUGUAUCUUUGUCAGCUAUGCCAUCUU